GUCACUUUUGGUGUUUGAUCAAAUGCUUUAGCUUUUGGGUAUCAAAACCUCCCUCCCUGUCUCUUAUUGUUUCUUCUAUUCAUCCUCUCCCCCAUUGCAGGAUGGAAGGACAGCCAUCUUUCAUCCCCUCUGUUAGCAGCACUCCUUCCUCUUCCUUUUCUUCUCCCACCGCUUCCUCCUCCUCCCCCUCGACCACCAUUGUCAUGGCCGAAACACCACCGUCACCUCCUCAGCGAGAACAGAAGAAGACGAAGACCUUUGAACUGACGGCGCACUCCAUAUUUUAUGUCAAGCCCACCGCCGUGCACGCCUUGAAACUCCUCCUCAACCAAUGCCGGCCCUCCCAACCGACGCAUUACAUCCUCCGCGACGUCUCCCUCACCGCCCGCCCCGGCGAGCUGCUCGCCGUCGUGGGUCCCAGCGGCGCCGGUAAGUCCACCCUCCUAGACAUCCUCGCCGCCCGCACCGCCCCGACCGCCGGCUCCCUCCGCCUCAACUCGUCCCCCCUCCACCCGGCCUCCUUCCGCCGCCUCUCCGCCCACGUCCCCCAGCACGAUGCUUCCCUCCCACUCCUCACCGUCGCUGAGACCUUCGCCUUCGCCGCCCGCCUCCUCCUCCCCCGCCACGCCUCCGCCUCCGCCUCCGCUGUCAUCGCCUCCCUACUCGCCGACCUCCGCCUUUCCCACCUCGCCCACACCCGCCUUUCCGGCAACCUUUCCGGCGGGGAGCGCCGCCGAGUUUCCAUCGGCCUCAGCCUGCUGCGCGACCCUGCGGUGCUCCUUCUCGACGAGCCUACAUCCGGCCUCGACAGCUCAUCGGCGCACCUCGUCCUGCAGUCCCUACGGAGCGUCGCUGCCUCCCGCUCCACCACCAUCAUCCUUUCCAUCCACCAGCCCAGCUCUCGCCUUCUUUCCUCCAUCGACUCCCUCCUCCUCCUCUCCAAAGGCUCCGUCAUCCACCACGGCUCCCUCUCCUCCCUCGACCGCUUUCUCCUCUCCGCCGGCUUCUCGGUCCCCUCCCAGCUCAACCCCCUCGAGUUCGCCAUGGAAGUGCUCCACCAACUCCCCCACCCGACCACCACCCUUAAAGCACAACGAGCUUCCUCCACCAAGUUGAUAGAACCGAAGAUCCAAGAAGAAGAAGAAGAAGAAGACAUCACAGUCCACUAUUCCAGUUCUCGAGUUCGAGAAAUCCUGACGCUCUACGGCCGCUGCUGGAAGCUCGUGUUCCGCACCAAACAGCUCCUCCUCGCCAACACUAUCGAGGCGCUCAUCGUCGGCUUCCUCCUGGGCACUAUCUACAUCAACUUGAGCUUCGACGACGAGGGCAUUGGCAAACGGCUCGGCCUGUUCGCCUUCACUCUCACCUUCCUACUCUCCUCCACCACCGAGACGCUCCCCAUCUUCGUGGGCGAGCGCCCCAUCCUCCUCCGCGAUACUUCCUCCGGCCUCUACCGCCUCUCCUCCCACCUGGUCGCUGGCACGCUCGUCUUCGUCCCCUACCUCCUCGCCAUCUCCCUCCUCUACGCCACCUCCGUCUACUUCAUCACCGGGCUCUGCGCCUCGUGGGCGGCGUUCACCGACUUCGUUCUCAUCGUCUGGGCCCUCGUCCUCACUGCCAACUCCUUCGUACUCUUCGUCAGCUCCCUCGCGCCGGACUACAUCGCCGGCACGUCGCUGGUCACGGUGUCGCUGGCGGGCUUCUUCCUCUUCUCCGGUUACUUCAUAGCAAAGGAGAGCAUGCCGGAGUACUGGGUCUUCGUGCACUACUUAUCUCCAUACAAGUACGGGCUGGACGCGCUGCUGGCCAAUGAGUACAGCUGUCAAGCGAACCGGUGCUUCGAGUGGGCCGGCAAGGAGAUGGGAGGGGGGUGUUUGGCGACCGGAAGAGAUGUGCUGGCGAGGCGAGGCUUGAGGGAGGGAGAAAGGUGGGCAAACUUGCAGGUUCUCUUUGGGUUCUUCGCGUUCUACCGCGUCCUCUACUGGAUCGUUCUCCGGAGGAGGGCCUCCAUGUCCAAGAAAUGAUCCAAAGAUGGAAGCUUGGCUCCUCAUCAAGUUGCAGUAGUAGUGUAUGGUAUAACCUCAAGUACGUACGUGCAUGUGUUCCACUGUCUUCUUCUCACGUUCUUCUUCUUCCAUCUGUAACCUAAACCUGCAACUAAGAUCUUUAACUAUCGUGCUGUCAAGGGUUUGCUUCGUGUUCAUAGCUUCAUCUUUGGAGGCAAACUAACCCAUAGAAACUAUUUACUGAACCCUAAGAUGGAAGCACCUGACAGCUGCAGAGGCAACCGUGAGCGGGCAACCAUGUCGUCUCCCUCCACCACAUCACCACAUGCUGCUGGGGCCAUCCAUGGCUCCCACUGCGACCUAAUCGAAGGAGAAGGGCGAGGCGACGGUGUCCCGUCCUCUGUUCCCUUCUUGGGAUGUGCGCAGACCUCACGGGUUCUUUGGGCGCAUCUGCGUCAUGUGAACUUUGGCCGUGUCCUCUCUGUCGAGCUCGGUGUCGUGGUUUCCAUCUCUGUUCGUGAAGCCGAAUCAUGCAUCCACUGUGGUCUACAUCAUCGGUUCUUCCGUCUCCCAAAAGAGAUGCACUCAUUGCAGCGUCCAUUCUCGCAUGUUUGUGAGAAACGAAUUGUCAUACGAUCACAUAAGACUGGUUUUGCUAUUUGUUUCGAGGAAGAAAAAUGAAAAUUUCAUUUAAUAAUUUAUUAUUACGAUUAUUAGUUAUUUAAGAAAUAAUAAAGGCAAUGCGUAGACAGAUGAGACCAGUGGGACUGAACAAAGAGACAGGUGGCGAUACGUUACCAACCCAGUCCCGCCUGCUUCGUCUCGCCUUGCAAUUCAUCGCUCCUUUGCUCGAUCAAUGCGUCGUGGUUUCGUUAAUCUGGCGCUCCGCCCCUGGCGAUCGAUAGCUCGCGGUUCGAACUACAAUGGAUGAUUUAGGGGUUGAGCUUGUAAUCGGCUAUUAGAAUUGUGGGUGGACGUGGAAUUAGGGUUAUGGCAAGGGGACAUUGAAGGGAACCUUUGGAGCAGCUACUGAGGACCGGGCAGUGUACACUUGCCGGUGCUUCGAUCGGAGUGAUGCUCUCCGCUUUUGGAUUCUCCGACUACACCGAUUUCUGGUAACAGCGACUCUCUCACUUGCGGCGGCAUGCUCUUCAGCAGGUUCCUGUUACUGUGCUUUGAUGAUGAUCAACACUCCCUGCCUGGAUUGAUCACAGCUUCCUUUCUUCUUCAGUAUCAUUUGUCUGUACCUGAGCAUGUUGAGAAACUUGUCAGUGAGUUGAGACACAUUAUAAGAAGAUGGAUGUUAAAAUUAAGGUUGUUUUUCUCCUAAUUCAUGGGUCCACAUUUUUUAGUAGAUAGGUGGAAAGUAAUCCAUUAUAUGUUCAUCUUUUUGUUGAUUUGGAGCCAUCUGAAAAUUGCUCUUUUUAUGUUUUCAUCGUAUCCUUGAAUGAUUCCUUUUAUCAUCUUGCACAUGCAACUUCCAGGAGAACAAAAUUUCUUAUUCCAUGGGGAAAGAACAUUUGUACCAGCAUUUUGCAUUCCCUUUAUUUUUGUGAGUUCUGUGCCACCAUCUAAUAAUCCUGUAUCGUGAUUUCUUUUGUAUUUGUUAGAUUUCAUUCCUUACUGAUUGAGAAUGAGAUAAUAUUACUGAGAACUCUUUGAUGAUGGUAUAGAGUACACUCUUUGCUGAAAUCUGCUAUAGUAGAAAAAACUAAUUAUUCCUGACAAUUUGGUACAUGAAGAUAGCAUCACAGGAUUAAACUUCUUCUGUUGCAUCAGUAACUACGAACUUAUAUUUCUACUGUCAUGACAUCCAACUAUGUUUUAACAUUCUUUUACGUUCCUGCAUCAAGAAAGAAGUUGCAUGUUCUUGACUCUUCCAGUUGCACCAAGACAACCAGGUUGGCCUUGCUCACCUUUGUGAUCUUCGGACGAGCUGAUGCCAGGUGGUUCGCCAGACUAACUUUGUUGCAGCUGGAGCAGGUGCUGGUGGUGACGUCGAGAAGCCUUUGAUACCCGAAGAUGACCGGAGUCCGCUGGAAUCACUGAGCAGUCGCAUGUAAUAAGCUGAAGAUACGGAUGCUGGGAAGCUUGUGCAAUUCUCUUGAAGGGAAAAGAGGGAGAGGGGGUUCGCAUAAAAGGAAGAGCUGGUUGAGGCUACAUGAGGUACAGUACUGUGUGCCACUGCUCAAGCAGUAAGCCUAGCAACUGUGAAGUCAGGAAAGCGACUUCAAAACAAUACAAACAUGGUAGAAGGAGAAGUUGAUUAGGAAAGAUUAAUUGGGUUAGUGAUCCAGUUUCAACUCUUUCUUCAUGGAUCACUCGCUACCUCCCUUCAAGAGGCUACCGGCCAAUUUUAUGAUCUCCACAAUUUGGUGAGGUGUUCCUCUCAGUGGCAUCCUCAGACAACAUGGGAUACUAUAAAUGUAUAAUGGAUGACACUGUAAAUGUCGAUUGGAUUAGAGUCUGUUAUACAAGUUGAAUGGGAGAAUUGAAUGUGAUGUUAUAACCAUGAAGAGAUAAAACUGAAAUGGCAAGACUCUUCAUGACUGAUGUUGUAUAAUAUUUCUGAUGUGUUUAGUAGUCAAGUAUACGGGAUAAAACACCUCUCUGGGUGGGGAAGAUUGUUCUGCA